CCCCUACAAUAUGAUUUCAUGAAUAUUUCAGGUCUAAAUGUUGCAAUUGCUCGUCUUCAUUUCGCGUGGUUUUGCGUUAUAGUGAAUAUAUAAUUGCUUCCCACAAUAUGGUGCAUAACCAUCCAUGCAGCAGGGUGUACAUGCAGAAUGACCCAUGGUAUAGACGACUAGCAGUUGAAGAGAAAGAAAAUAUUGAACCUCUUCUUCAGCAAUCCCACUCAUCCGAUGUAACAAUAAUGCAUGUUAAGGAGAAGUACCACAAGGAUAUAACUCGCAUUGACGUUAAAAAUUUGAAAGCCGCAGUUAAUAAAGGUAUUUCGAGUCGUCGUGACAUUUUUGAAUUCCUAAAAUCCCGUGGGAAGUUAAUGGAGUAUUAUUCCGAUGAACCGAUCAGGAAUUCACUAACAAGAAUUUGUUUUGCAACUUAUGAGCAAAUGGAAUUGUAUAAACAGUUCCCUGAAGUUGUUGGUAUCGACUCGACGUAUAAUACAAAUAAGGGGAAACAAGAAAUCCCAUUGUGAAGA